UCUGAUCCCAUUUACAAGAAAAGAACCUUUCACAAACUCCCUAUCUCUCUCUCUCUCAAAAGAGAGAAAACCCACCAAAUCAUUGCAAAGUUGCCAUUCAUUCAUUCAUUCACCCAAAAGCCCCCUCUUGUUCAUCCUUCCCUUUCUUCCUUCCCCUCCAUAUUUAUCCCUUUCCAUACCUAAAAAUCUCUCUCUCUCUCUCUGUCUCUCUCUGAUCUGUUUGUUGUGUCUGUGAGAGGACUUGAGUGACUGGGGGAUGACUGAGAUAUAUACCUCGUCACGCCUUUCGAUCCAAGUAAUCCCCCCCUGAUGCCCUCCCUUUCCAUCCCCUCUUUUGUCCCCUUCCCUUUUAUGAAAAUCUCUUCCUCUCUCUGAGAUCUCUGUCAACUUCAGUCCUUCUCUCCCAGAUAUCUCUCUGAUAUCCUCUGUCUCUUCUCUCUCCAUGUGCUUGCUUCGCCCUCCAUUAUAAGUUAUAACCCUCAGCCCCUCUCACCACUCUCUUCAUGUACUCCCUCACCUACCCACCACACAUCCCGUCUCUCUCUCUCCCUCUCCCUCUCCCUCAUGGAACCCCAACAACAACGAGAACAGCAACAGCAUCAAAACCAAGAAGACAUGAACAGCAACACCAACAACAACAGCGGUGGGAAAGGAGGAGGCACAAGCGGCAGCAGCAGCAGUUACGUUUGCAGGCAAAGCAGUACGAGGUGGACGCCGACGACGGACCAGAUAAGGAUCCUCAAGGACCUCUACUACAACUACGGCGUCCGAUCCCCCACCGCCGACCAGAUCCAGAGGAUCUCUGCCCGCCUCCGCCAGUACGGCAAGAUCGAGGGCAAGAACGUCUUCUACUGGUUCCAGAACCACAAGGCCCGCGAGCGCCAGAAGAAGCGCUUCUUCUCCCCCGACCCAAAUUCUAAUAUCAAUGGCACUGCCCCUCCUCCACCUACGGCCUCCGCGGUCAACCCCCAGACGAGAGGCGGAGGUCGCGGAAGCGGCAGUUGGAGCGGCAAACUACCUCCUCCUGAAGACCCCUUUGUGCUCCACAACAACAACAAGUACUCUAAUCUCACUCCUCCUGGGCUUUGUUCUUCUUCAGCUGGUGCUGCUGGUGCAAUGGCUGUUGGGCAGAUGGGUAGCUAUGGAUAUGGUUCUGUGACGAUGGAGAAGAAUUUUAGGGAUUGCUCCAUAUCAGCCAGCGGCGGGGGAGGGUACCUUGGCCCGAACCUUGGUUGGAUCGCGGUGGACCCAUAUGCUUCGCCGCCAUGUGCUACUUUCUUAGAAAGGAAGAGCCGUCCUUCCCUCGAAAACCAACAGGAGGAAGACGAGGAAGGAGGAGACGCAGAAGAUGAAGAAGCUCCGGAGAUCGAAACCCUACCGUUGUUCCCGAUGCACGGCGACGACCACUUGAACAUCGACGAUGCCUUGUGCAACAUCAAGCCUAACUCGGAUCACUACCAUCAUCACAUCCACCGUCAGGGUUACUGGUACGACGACGUUGUCAUGAGCACUUCUCGCACUUCCCUCGAGCUUAGCCUCAACUCCUACACCGGCCGAUCGCCCGGCCCCAUUUAAACGAACCAGAAAAAACAAAAAGAAGGGAAAACUGUGGAUUCUCUCUCACCUUUUUCUUGUGAUUUUCAUAACCCUAAUGCUUAUAUUAUAGCUACAGACAUAGCUACUGGUAUCUGAAAUGUGAUCAUUCACCACCUAGGCUAAUUAUAACUAUUUGCUGCGCCGUUCUUCUUC